AACGUGAAAUUUAAAGGUUAGGUGCAGUUUGCAGUUCAAAAAAUCAAAACAUUGGAUUUUAUUGAUAGGGAUAUUAUAGGAUAAUAUCUUCCAUGUGAAAGGAAAUUGGGAACUCAAAUAAUCUGAAAUGAAAAUUGAGAACUGUUAUAUAUCCAGUAAUUGUAACCAAACACCCACCAUAGCACAUUGGGGCAAGAACAAUCUGAUAUGUUAUGGGUCAUGUAAUUCAGUAUUAAUCUAUAAUCCUGAUUAUGGAAGUGGAGGUAAAGUCAUUGAUACCCUGAUAGGACAUUCCAAACGUGUUAAUUCAGUCAAAUGGUUGACAGGAUUGAACAUAAUCAAUGAAAUUGAGCUCAUAUCUGGAUCCACUGAUUGUACUAUAUGUGUAUGGUCUCUGGAAGGAGAUAUCUACAAAGGAGUGACACUGGAAGGACACAGCUCCAAUGUCAAUCUAGUAGAUGGUUUGUACAAGCAAAGUGAUAGAAAUGAAACAGUACUUGUUAGUAUUUCAAUGGACUGCAGUAUCAGAGUUUGGUUCAGAAAACUUCCUCUAGAUAGUUUCAGCUGUAGCCAGACAAUCAAUUUGGGCUAUUCCAUAGGACUGGGGGCAAAACUUGCAUUUUUACCCAACAGCAAUGAGCUGAUAUUAGCAUGCUCAUUUGAGAAUUCAAAAAUACAAUUGUAUAUUGAAAAAAAUCAUCAUGACCUAGAAUUUGAACCUAGUUGCCUUCUAGCAGGCCAUGAAGACUGGGUUCGUGGAUUAGAUUUUACCCAGGAUGGAGAUGACCUGUUGCUUGUGUCAAGCUCACAGGAUAACUCCAUACGUCUCUGGAGAAUAACUGCUAAACCAUCAAUUAGGGAAACUGUUUUUGAAACUACUGAAAAAUCUCAGAUUGAAUCCAAAUGGCAAACAUACAAUGUGCUUCUAGAGUCCAUUUUGACAGGACAUGAAGGAUGGAUUUACUCUGUGAAUUGGAACCCAAAAAACUUACAAAUUUUGUCUGCAUCUAUUGAUAAAUCUAUGAUUAUCUGGGAGUUUGAUGAAUGUUCUGGACUAUGGCUUGAAAAAAUCAGAGUUGGAGAAGUUGGGGGUAAUACUCUAGGAUUUUAUGGAGGCAUUUUCUCCCCAAGUGGAGACAGGAUUCUAGCUCACAGCUAUCACGGAGCCUUUCAUAUCUGGCAAGACACCAAGGGACAGGAAGGAUGGUCCCCUUGUGUCACAGUGGGGGGUCACUUUUCUGAAGUUGUUGAUUUGUCUUGGGAACCAAAAGGAGAAUAUCUCUUGACUGUCAGCACAGAUCAAACAACCAGAAUACAUGCCCCAUGGAAAAAAGAUGACAAAGAAACAACUUGGCAUGAAAUUGCUAGACCUCAAGUGCAUGGUUAUGAUAUGAGCUGUCUUGCUGUUAUUUCAAAAUAUAAGUUCGUUUCUGCAGCAGAAGAAAAAGUCAUAAGGAUAUUUGAGGCACCUAAAAAUUUUGUUGAAAAUUUUGAGAGAAUAUGUGGGCUAGAUAAUCAUGGAGAAGGAUUUAGUAUAACCAACACAAGUCAUUUUGGUCCAAAAGGAGCUUCAGUGCCUUCAUUAGGCUUGUCAAAUAAAGCCGUUUAUACUGAUGAUAACAUUGACCAAGCCACUUCCAUGGAUAAAAAAAAUCCAUACCCAGAGGAAUCUCAUUUUCAAGCUACUGAUAUGAUAGAGCCACCUACUGAAGAAACUCUGUUACAAAAUACUCUAUGGCCGGAAACACAGAAAUUGUAUGGUCACGGUUAUGAAGUUUAUAGUUUGGCUGCUUCUCCUGAUGGGAAAUUUUUGGCAUCUGCUUGUAGGUCCACAAAACCAGAACAUGCAGCUAUUUUACUUUGGGACACAUCAAAUUGGAAACAAAUACAGAAACUCAUGUCUCACACCCUCACAGUUGUUCAGCUACAAUUUUCACCUGAUUCCAACCAUCUUCUUUCUGUUUCAAGAGACAGAAGGUGGUCUUUGUUCAGCAAAACUGAAAAUGGGGAAUUUGAACUUGUAGCUACCACUGAUAAAAAGACAGCAGUCCACUCGAGAAUAAUUUGGACCUGUUGCUGGUCACAUGAUUCCAAAUAUUUUGCAACAGGUUCUAGAGAUGGAAAAGUUGUUGUUUGGUGGAUAAAUAAAGGAAAAGAGAGGACUACAGUUUUGGGAGAAUGUGAGGUAGUGGGAGAAUAUUUGGAACUUCCAGGAGAGUCUGUUACAGCUCUGGCUUUUUCUCCAUGCUUGGUAUCCGGACGGUACUUAAUUGCUGUAGGAUUCGAUUCUGGAGACAUUCAUUUUUAUGGAUGGUGUCCAAAUAAGUGGCAAAAACUAUCAAGUUUGUCUAAAAGUUGUGCACAUCAUUUGACAGUGCGGAAGUUGGCAUUUAGACCUGUACAGGGUAUGUCUGAACAGUCAUCAGAGUGUGGCAAAAAUAUUUUACAAUUAGCUAGUUGUAGUUCUGAUUACUCUGUAAAGAUUUAUAAUACUUAUGUGGAGGACCAAUUAAAUGAUGGUUCCUAAUGAAA